CGAAUAAUAAAUAUACAAAAAGAUGGCAAAAAAGAUUGUUUUAUGGUGAGAAUGAAGUGUAGGGAGUUUGGUCCAGUUGAAGAGUGCAAGAGAAGAAGGGUGCAGUUGGGUGAAAAACUCAACUAACUCUCUGCUGCUUCAAUCAAUUACUCAUCUCACUUCAUUCCACUGCAGGAACAGGGUCUGGUUCGCUCGCGAUGAAGAGGUCAUUUCCGUGGGAUAAUCAAAUUGAUUUGUCUUCUUCUUCACCAAACUCCAUAGAUGCACUGAUGAGACGAGCAGAAAUGUAUCAGGAUUACAUGAAGCAGAUCCCAAUCCCAAAUCAUCGAGGUUCUGUGAUACCAUUCACCUCGUGGAUGGGAUUGGGCAGAUCCAUGAAGCAGUUAUAUGGACAGCCCCUUCACUACCUCACAAAUAUUAUGCUUAAACAAUGGGAUCAGUUGAGAAUUGGCAGUGAAGACGAAUACAAGCCCUUGGACAUCAUUAUUCAUCCACACAAAGCCGAGAACACCAUCUGGCUCAUUGAAGAAAUCCACCGCCAAACCUCAUCGCAUUUUCAUAUUGCUAGUCUCUGGAAGGUGGACUCUAUGUACAGUGGUUUUAUUGAUCCCAUUUUCCCAAGAUUACAGCACGCAUCAUGAAGACAUGAAUGAAACCAUUUAGUUUGUAGGCUUUCUACUCUAUCCUGGAAAUAGUUUCACAUUUGUUGUGCUUUUGGUAAAGCAAAAUUGAAUAGCUUUGCUUCUAACUUUUUUUCUGGCUUUGACUAUUUUCCGUUUUAUACAUGGCUCAAUCGCAGGACGCCUCAAGGAGACCAUAAAAUUGAAUAUUUGUCUGGCUUUGAAUA